ACACCGUCUGGCCAAAUUUGGCCAAAUUUUGUGCCGCCAUGACGCCAUGGUGGUUCUGUUUCCUGUGUUUCCUGUGUUUCCUGGCCGCUGCAGAUCGCCACGAAGAGCUGAGCUGCCGCGCUGCCAGGUGUCAUUGGCGUUGCGACGCGGAGAGGUCCUCGCAGGACGAGGCGGAGAUUCGGUGCCCGGUUUCGUCUUUCGGUUCCCAGCAGAACAGCUUCCACAGCCCACGCAUGGCGAGUCAGCAAGACCGCCAGCGUUUGCGUUUUCGAUUCAAAGGCGACUUGGAGUUGUUUGCGCUCGUUUCGGACUCAUCUGAAUGGAUCAGCCUUUGGAAGAGUCAUGCACAGCAGGACUGGGCCGCCACGGUGCUGUUGCUUCCAAGCGCCCGCGCGCUUCGCUUCACCGGACAGGGCGUUCUGGGCGACAUCUUGGCAGAGCAGCACCAUGACAGCGGCCGAAGGCUGGGGGCCAGCUGGUCACCAUGGACUCAGGUGCAGUUUUCCUAUGGACCUUCCAAGAGGAGGUGGCAUACAGCGGUUCUAGAUGCUGGGAAGAUGUGGAUUUUUGCUGGUGAUGAUGAUGGUGAGUUGCUGAAUGAUUUGUGGUACUAUGACACCGUGGCCUUGGACGGCUGGGUGCAAGCCCAAGGAAAUGGCAGCUGGCCCAGCCCAAGGUUCAGUCACAUGGCCGUAAUGCAGGGCGGGAAGAUGUGGGUUUUUGGGGGCGUGGUCCAAAGUGGUUUGAGUAAAGAGCUUUGGAACUACGACAUGGAGCGUGGAAAUUGGAUUGGCUGGUCCAAUUUGGAAGGCCCUACUGCCCGAGAAAGUAUGACGUUGGUGGAAGGCGACGGCAAACUGUGGAUGUUUGGAGGUUAUGAUGGCAGCAUUCGCAGCGAUCUUUGGUGCUUAACCGCUGGAGGGGACCCCUUGUGGACCUUGAUUUCCACUGGUUUGGUAAAACCUUCAGGGCGUUAUAGCCAUGUGGCUGUCCAGGAAGCUGGAAAAAUGUGGAUCUUUGGUGGACUGACUGAAGCGGGUCUGCAGGCAGAUCUGUGGUAUUUUGACAUUUCCACCUUCAUUUGGACGGAAGUUGACGUGACAAAUGGUCCAUCAGCCAGAGAAAGUGCGACAGCUGUAUCACAGCCUGGGCAGAUGUGGAUUUUUGGAGGGAUUGAUGCGAAGAACCAGAGUGACGAGUUGUGGCUUUUGGAUUUGGACUGGGCCCUGCCAGCUCCAGCUUCCCGCUGGCGGUUGAUGGAUGGCAGCAAUGCUGGUCCCAAUGGCCGUCAGUAUCAUGUGGCCGUACUGGAUCAAGGGCGAAUGUGGGUUCACAACGGUGAGCUGUGGUACUAUGCCACCAAGACAUCGACAUCCAGCUCGAGUUCAAAAACAACAAGCACGACCUCGCAAAGCACAACUCUAACAAGCACCAGCAGCACUUCCUCAUCAACCACCAGCAGCAGCAACACCAGCACAACUCUGACAACUACAAGCAGUUCAACCUCAACGACACAAACCAGCAGCACCACAUCAAGUUCAUCUUCUUCAAGCACCAGCACGACUCUCACCAACACGACUACUACCUCAACAAUGACGAGCACAUCGACAUCCGCUGUGACAAGCACCACAAGCAGCACAUCACGCACCACAACUUCGAGUUCCACAACUUUGUCCACAACGAGCAGUACGACAUCCUCAUCAACCACCAAAACAUCUACCACAACGUCCACGUCGAAAACAAGCACUUCCUCAUCAACAACCUCGCAGACAUCCACAACAACAUCCACGUCCAGCAGCAGCUCGGAAACCAGUAGUACUACAAGGACAGAAUCAUCGACAUCCACAUCCAUGACCAAAACCUCAAUCACCACAUCUUGGACGUCCACCAGUACAUCAUCCAUGACAUCAACGUGGACCAUUGGCAACACUACAACAGUUACUUUUACAUCAACCACCACGCAAGUCAAAAGCUUGGAAUUGCUGCUCACCGAGUUUCUGAUGUCAAAAGUGGAGGAAGCUUUGACCACGUCAAACGCAUCGGAAUCUGCAGUGACAGUAAUCGAGAAUGCACCAGAAGCUGCAUUUACCAUGUCCAUGGUCAGUUUCAACACUCACAGCAGCCGCGUGAUCAACGAGUCAAGCCUGCCAUUGGCAGUUCCAUCCUUCUCAUUAUCAGCAUCCCAGCCUUUGCUCACCUCAAUGUCCAUCAAGACCCUGCAGUUGCCCGGUGUAGAUCUACCAGAAGUGGGUGAUGCUGUGGAAACUGCCAGUGGCAAGGUCCGGGUCCUUGCAGCGCCAUUGCUGCAGAUUGCUCUGUUGGAUUCGGAUUUUGAGGAAGCUGAGACGAACCUUUCAGGGCUGAUGAUUUUUCGCGCUUCAAAGGAAGCUGUUGAUCCUGCAUCCUGCACCUUCCUGACAGAUGAGGGGUGGUCAGACGAAGGGCUCCACCUGGCAUCAAGGGAAGAGAUCAAAAAUGCAUUUGGAGAGAUUGAUACCAGUGGCACCUGGUGUGCCACGAGUCAUUUGUCAGUCUUCGCACUUGUUCGGCCUUGCACUUUCCUGGAAACAUUGCAGCGUGAUGGAAAGUGUUUCGACGCUCCGAGUUUCGGUGCACUGAUUGGGUCCACAUGUUUGUGCCUCUGUUGCAGCUUUUGCGGUAUCUACACCACCGUGAAGUCGCGACAUGUGGUGGGUGGCAAGAUGAAGUUGUCGGAUGUCGAGGGAUCCUCCCAUGAAGUGCCUUUCCAGGUGAAACGCCCGAAGCGUGACUUGGGGCAGUUUCAUGGUGUUGCCGAUGCAGAUUCCAAGACCCUGAUCACAUGGGAUGUUGAACGGCCGCAAACCGCAGGGGCGGCUGGUGGAAACCAAACGCUGCCGAUCGCGCAGCUGAUGUCGCCGAAGAAACAAUUGCAGCUGAGUUUGAAAACCAAGUUUUUUAGUGAAAGAAGCCAGGUGCAACUCCCACGAUCGGGCACCAUGUUAUCCAUGCAAUCCUUCCCUGAUGCAUUUGAAGUACUUCCACAUCCGGAACAGCCAAGUGCCAGUAGCCAUGAAGUUCCAGGAUCAUAUCAAAUCUAUGGACAUCAGCAAUACAUUGAGUUCUUUUCCGAGACCCAUCAAAAAUGGACUUCUGGCUCCAUUGAAGGGUCAGGAUUUGUCCAGCCUAUGGCAUCCGACUCGCUGCCCACUUACGAUGUGCGGCUGAAUCGCCAGCAGAUACGGCGCUUCAUCCACUUGGAGCGGAUUCGUCCACCCUUUCAGCAAGGGGAUGCUGUGACUGUGGAAGUGGAUGAUGAGUGGCAACCUGCCACGGUGCAACGAAGACAGGGCUAUCCAUUGGCAUAUGAAGUUGAACUCAGUUCCGGGAAGCAGGUGGUUCCUGGCGAGAAACUCCGGGCAAGGUUUGCAAAGGGUGAAGCGAUUUUUGCCUUCCAAGGCAUGAAGGCUGGCUGGGUGCAAGGUAUUGUCCAAAGCGAAUCUGAAGAGACUUGGCCGAUGAUUCUGGUUUCCACCCAGAAAGAUAAUCAAGUGAUGUCAGUGAUGCAAUUUUUGAUUCGCCCUUCUACAAAGAUGGAAGGGUUGUUAAGCUGAAGGUUUCAAAGAUCUGGUAAUUGAAUUUGUGCCUUAUACGAAUAAUA